AUGUCUCCAAAAGAUGAUGAACAAUGGGGUGAUUGGCGUCGAUGGCGUCAGUGGCAACCUCCGACGGAGGGUGGUGAUGCUUCUGUUGACCAAGAAGGGGAUCAUAGCCCAACAAGGGAUGAGUCCUACAGCGGCUUCAGUGCAUGGUCGAGCAGUCCCUCCAGCAUCACAACAUGGUUCUCCUACACAGCAUGGUUCUCCUAUUCCUGGUGUUUUGGGUCCACUGGAUUCUUUCAUUUUGGAAGUGUUGCGUGGUUGGAGACUACUGGUUGCGGCAUCCCUAUCCAACGAAGAAUGGAGAGAUGUUUUGGCUGCUACGGGCAUCAAGUUAGAUUGGGCAUCAAGUUAGAUUACAUCAGCAUUUCGAAUUCCUUACAGACCUUGUGGGAUGAGCAAUUGGGUUCAUCACGACAUGCUAUGAUAGGACAACGUGCGCACAUGAACAACUGGCAUGAGCAAUGGGAUGUUUCCUCCGAUUGGCAUGACACAUGGAGUGAUGACUGGUAUUCAUGGGCUUCACAUGUCGCUGAACAUACAUGGCCUGAAGCUGCUGCGGCUCAGGAAGAAACGUCUCCUGCAGAACAAGCUGAUGACCCAGCUGAUGCUGACCUUCAAGAUGCCUUGGAUGCAGAGCGCCUAGCUGAAGCUUUGAUGUCAGAGGCCCGGCGAACUUGGUCUCAGGCUCAACAGGUAGGCCUCAUUCUUGACUUUUGUGAUGGACAUGCAGUACAUGCCAAAGAUCCAGAUGCCACUCCAUACUACAUGCUCAAGAAUGUAAAGGGUCACUUCAUGGUGAACAUUGAGGAGUACAUCUGCGGUUCCUCCGGCUCUGAGGCCCGACAGCUUCCACGACUGCAAAUGCCUCCAAAGACCUCUCCGGCAAAGAGCAGCAAAGCGGCACCCUUGCACUAUACCAAGGAGAAGGGAUGGCAUCACACAGAUCCCCGUGGCGAUCCCAGUCCACGGCCUUGUUGCGGAGAACACGGGACGUUUCAAGAAGGGUCGAACGCCUAUGCAAAGUGGGCCGAUUGCAAAGCCUGCGGACUGAGGCUGUCCUAUGUCCCGAGAGAGGGCUACUCCGGCAGCACCAGCAAGGUGGAGGAUCCGAAGGUGAUCACCAUGGCCUUGAACCUCCUCGAGCAGGAUGUCAAAGCUCAGCAUUGCACAGCGCCGAUGGUGAAGCUGGCAAUGGAGAUUUACAAGGACCAAUCCAAGCUGGAAGCCCUGGAAAAGCAAGCCUACAUGCUGCAGCAGCAGGUGACCCAGAACAUGGCCAAGUACAAGAUCAUGACCAAGCAAGCUUCGGAAAGCCCUGCAACGAGCUCUACAACAAGUCUCAAUGCGGAGGAGAUCUUGAAGCACAUGUCCUCGGAGGAGAUCCAACGCCUCCAGGAAAUGGCUGCUCAGAGGAAAGCCGAAGCGGAGAAGAUCGAGGGCAAUACGAAGAUGGUUGACUUCUCUGAAGAGCGCGAUGUGAUCGAAAUGUCGUUAGUCGACAGCAGCCCGGGUUCAGAGAAUGACCUGCAGCCUGAUGGCUUGCAAGACUACAGUGCCAUCGAGAUGAUGCACUACCAGGCCUACACUUCCAAGAAGGAUGGAAAGGCCCCCAAAACAAAAAUCCAAAAACCAAAGAAAAAGAAUUUGACUUUCAAGCGGUCCAACACUGGCAAGCACAGAUCGUCAACUGAGGACUGGGAGACUGAUACUUUUUGCUCUUCUACCUCCACUACGAGCACUUUGCCGUGGAGAAUUGCUAAGGCUCUCAUGGCGAUGAUGACAAUGAUGAUCGCCACCGCACACUCUGACCUUCGAGAUCUGAUCAGAGGUGGACAAGAGGAUGUGUGGGACAUGUUUUGUGCCCCACAGAGCUGGCUCCCCAGCGCUUGCCAAGAACAAGGUCUAUGUUGUCAGCGGAUCAACUUGGAGAACAAUUUCGACAUGUAUCAUCGCAAGGAGGCUUACUCUUCUUUGCGUGAGAAACGUGGUCGUGAGAAACCAAAAAGAAUGUGGGUAUCAGCACGAUGCACAUACUGGUUUGGUUGGACAGCCCUGAACUACAACACUGAAGAGAAACGUGCCAAACUGGAAGCCUAUCGACGGAAAGAGCGUGCCAUGUUCCGUCAGCUGGUUCCCUUCCUUGAGGACGCUGGCAUGUCCAAAUGGAAGAUCGAAACUGCACUUCAGCUGAAGUGUGGAGAUUGUUCUGCGUUGAAGUUGGGCGGCAUAUCCAGUGGCAAAAUUCCACCAGCUUCUCUGCGCCCUCUUCCACGUGCAUGGGAGGUCGUAGGUCUUGACUGUUCUGAGUGGAUGCCACCUGGCCUUGCAGACAAAUACAAGAUACUUGUCAUGAUGGACCUGGCGACAGAGUUCAAAAACACCGUGGUUUUGAUGAAGUACGGCUCCAAGGAGAUGAAAACAGAGUCUCAAGAUCAAAUUCUUGAUGCUUUUUGCAAGCACUGGCUGGCCACAAAGCCUAAGCCUCAAGUGCUGAUCCCUGACAAUGCCAAGACGAUUGUCGGUGAGAAAUUUCGCAUGAUCUUCUCCGACCUCAACAUUCAUUUAGACCCUCCAGCUGUGAAGGAGUCCUGGGCACAUGGCCUUAUGGAACGAGCUGUGCAAGACCAGAGCGCUAUGUCACGGCUGAUGCCUACGGCUAGAGACCGAGACUUCACUCAGCUCAUGGCCAAUCGUUCCAGUGCUGAGGACAUUGCGCGAAAGGUCCUAGAGGUGGCAUGCACAAAACUUUCCGAGCGCAAUGGCUUGGUCCUGGUCGUGUUGUUUUUCAUGAAGUUCUACAAGGCCAAACAUCCAGAAACCUGGCAAAGUCUCAAAGACCUUCUCCCAAAACGUUCCUAUGUAGAUGUCACUGCAGAAGAACCCACCGAAGAUGAUGAGGAUGCUCCAAAUUUACCAUUUCGAGCGGAUCAGCCCACUAUUUCCUUCAAGCCGAAGUUCCGACGCAAUAUGAAACCUGGUCCAUACGUUGGUGAAUUUGAUGGUCGCCCUGCGUCUUCACAGCAACCGGCUCAAGUUCUUCCUCCAGUUCCUGAAGAUGAUGAUCUCAACUUGAGAGACCCUGUCAAUGAGUACUCUCCUGGUUCUCCACUGCCUGAAGAUGUUGAAAUUGAUGAUGAUGUCGAUGACAAAGAUGAAGGUAUAGGCAGUGGUCUUCCAACUUUAGAAGAACGUGCAGCGGAUCAGCCUUCAGCUUCUCGUUUGUUGGAGGAAUCCAGCAAACGUGCGAGCUCAGCAGGUGAUGAAGCUGAUUCGAAACGACCAAAACUGGAAGAUGCGGAAACUUUGCUUUUCAACUGUUUAGAUGUUUGCGAAGCAGCCUGGGUCCUGACGGUGGAGCUUGACUUGACCUCCAACCGAGAAAAGAAGAAGAAUCCCAGCGUCUCUGGACUUCUGGCGAGCGAGAAUUGCGAGAAGCCCUGA